CACUUUUCAGUGCAUGUUUGAUCGGAUGCCCGGCUGGAGCAAUGGGACCUGUUCUAUGCUUCCUAUCAGGACUCUGGGCCUAUCAUUUGGGACAUGAGCUACCAGUCCCAGGGUCCCGGCUACCAGUCCCAGGGUCCCGGAUACCAGUUCCAAGGUUUUGGAUACCAGUCCCAGGAUCUCGGCUAUCAGUCUCCUGGCUACCUACAACCUGUUUUGGGCUACCCGCAUCCCGAUCUCCUGGGCUAUGCACCCGGUCUGCACCCCCAGGUCCCACAGCAGCAGUUCCCAGGCCAUAUACCUAAGCCACAGCCCCGGCUCCAGGUGUACCCGCCAGGGCCCCACACCCAGGUCCUAGAGCCCGAGUUCCUGCACUCCCUGUCCAAGCCACAGACUCGCGUCCAGCACCAGGUGCAGCAGCAGCAGCAGCAGCAGCAGCAUCAGCAGCAGCAGCAGCAGCAGUUCCCUGGCUACCUGUCCAAGCUUCAGCACCAGGUCCUGCAGCGCCAGUUCUUGGCCUAUCCACCCGAGUCGCACCCUCAGGUCUCAAUGCCUCUGUUCCUGCAUUAUGAGUCAGAGCUUGAGACCCUGGUCCAGCGUCCCGAAGACUCACACCCCCAGGGCCUGGGAUACACAUCCAGGCAAAAUCAGUUCCUGGGCUAUCCACCUGGGCUGCGACCCCAUUUCGUGCAAACCCAGUUCCCAGGCUCCCUGUCCAAGCAUCAGACUUGGGUCCAGUACCCCCAGUUCCUGGGUUAUCCACCUGGGCUGCAGCUCAAGGUUUCAGAAAACCUGUCAAGGGCUCAGAACCAAGUCCAGCAACAACAGGUCCUGGAGCACCCGUUCCCACAGCACCAGUUCCCGGGCUAUCCACCGGAGCUUGUCCGGCCCCCCAAGUUCCCGGGAUUUCCCCCAGGUGCACUGCACCAGUUCCUGGGCUACCCUGAUGAGCCUCACCCCCAGGUCUCGCAGCACCAGUUACCGGGCUACCAGACCAGGUCACCUUCACAGGUCUCACAUUCCCAGGUCCCAGGCCACCCAUCCAAGCCUCCGUCCCAGGUCCCGCAACCCCAGGUCCCGCAACCCCAGGUCCCGCAACCCCAGGUCCCGCAACCCCAGGUCCCGCAACCCCAGGUCCCGCAACCCCAGGUCCCGCAACCCCAGUUUCUGCAGCACCAGUACCAGCGCUAUCCACCUGGGCUGCUCCCUCACGUCUCGCUGCCAAAGUUCCCUGGAUAUCCCCCUGGUGCAAUAAAACAGUUCCUGCGCUACCCUGCUGGGCCUAAGCCCCAGGUCUUGCAGCCCAAGGUCCCGGAUAACCCGUCCAAGACUCCGCCCCAGGUUCUGAUUUACCCGUCCCAGCCUCAGCCUCAGCCUGAGCCUCAGCCCCAGGUCCCGGUUUACCCGUCCCAGCCUCAGCCUGAGCCUCAGUCUCAGCCUGAGCCCCCAGUCCCGGCCUUUCCUUCCAAACCUCAGCCUCAGCCCCAGGUCGCAGCCUUCCCUUCCAACCCUCAGCCCCCCGUCCCGGCCCACCCUUCCAAGCCUCAGCCCCCGCACCACCAGGUCCAGGGCUACCCGUACAAGCCUCAUCCUCCGCACCAGUCCACAGACUACCCAUCUAAGCCUCAGUCCCAGUUCUCUACAAGCAGGACCAAUCUAAAUAUUGGAAAUAAAGGAAAAUCUUGCUCCAACUGAGGGGACUGUGUAAAGGACUAACCGCUUGGGUUUAACUAUGUUAACUGCCACUCAACAUAACUACUCAUGACAAAUGUCAUUUCAGAUGACAUCUCAGGUGUUGCUGAUGGGCCUCAUUGGUAGCUGGUUAGAGAAAUAAAAUGCAGUAUGCACAAAUUUGUAGUCAAUCAACUUAUUUACAAGAUGAAAGGGCUUCUUUGGGACAACGUCCAAGGUCUUGGCAGCUAUAUGUUGAGAACUUAAAAUCUAAGGAGUUUAUAUUUACCUUUAACACUGACAUGGAGCAGCCAGAGUGGGUCACUUUUUGUACAUUCGGACGUUAUGAAUCACUGAAGCAAACUAUUUCACUCCAAUUGACUGUUUAAGCAAAUGAUUUAUUGCGGCCAUGAUAACUUGACAAGUAAAUCACUUUUAAAUCUGCUUGGUAAAUGUUUUAUGUAAAAAAGAAAAUAAAAAAUGUACUUUUAACUUUAACUUCUGCUUUCUCGCUGCUGCUAUACUAUA